CCAAGUGUGUCCUUUCCCACCACCUAGUCUUACUCCUUCCUUUCUUUUCUCUAUCAGAGGCCACUACUUCCACGGAAGGAAGUGGAACUACCCAAGCAGGACUUGUAAGAGGUACCACAACACUUUCACCUGGAGCCAGCAACAGUUCACAGAAAACUAAGCCAGGCACCUCUGUCACACCUGGGAGUCCAGGGACUGGAAGUGGGACAGAGGCCACAACAUCAACAGAAGGCAGUGGCACAUCUGGAACUGGAUUCAGAACUGAGGCCACUACUUCCACUGAAGGAAGUGGGACUACCCAAGCAGGACUUGUAGGAGGUACCACAACACUUUCACCUGGAGCCAGCAGCAGUUCACAGAAAACCAAGCCAGGCACCUCUGUCACACCUGGGAGUCCAGGGACUGGAAGUGAAACAGGUGCUACACAGGAAUUCCCCAGGACAACCAUUUUACCUGGGAGUUCCCACACAGAGGCCACAACGUUAACAGAAAGCAGUGGCACUUCUGGAACUGGAUUCAGAGGCGCUGGCACUCCUGGAACAGGAUCCAGACCUGGCGCCACUGCAAUGCCACAAGGCCAAUCAACUGGGAGUGUGACAGGCACCACUGGACCAGUUGUUGGCACAACUGUUGCACCUGGCAGUUCCAACACAGAAACCACAACUUCCACAGGAGGUAGUAAGGCUACGCAUGGAAGAUUGCCAGGAGGCACCUCUGUCACACCUGGGAGUCCAGGGACUGGAAGUGGAACAGAGGCUACAACUUCAACAGAAGGCAGUGGCACAUCUGGAAAUGGAUUGAGAACAGGUGAGGAAAAGUUUCCGCAGUUGGGAUUUACCAUUAAUGAUGGCUCUGCUUAG